AAACCCCAGAAACCUGCUAUGCUGAAAACAUGAAAUUGGUUUGCGCGCUCCUAGCUAUAUGCACAGCAAUGGCUUUAAUCUUAGGCUGGAUAUUCCAAACAAGACAAGAGAAGCCCCCCGUUUGUGAGAGCCAGCACCAGGAUUUGUGUUUGAAGGACAGAGGCCAAGAUGGACAAAGCUUGGUCUUUGCUGAUCUAACUCCAGGAGAGAUGGUACAAGUGAAGAGCUACUUAUGGAAGAACCUCGGAGUGCCUUUAGUGGAGCCCACUCGAGCCAAGCCAUCAGACAACUGCAUUUAUUCCAUUGUUCUUCAUCUUCCCCCCAAAGCAGAGGUGCUGGAAUUCCUGGAUCACCAAGGGAGAAAACCUACACGAGAAGCUCUGGCUGUGGUCCACUUUGGAAAGCAAAAGGACCCAAAUAUCACUGAAUACAUAGUGGGUCCUCUUCCAAAGCCAAGAUAUCACCAAGACAUCACAGUGCAGAAGUAUGGAGGGAAGCUGCCGUAUUAUCGAAGAUUUUUUUCGAGUGUUGACCUAGUUAAAAUCAACAUUCUCUUCAUAGCCAAGGAAUAUCCUAAAGCUUCAAAUUUCAUGCGCUGGGUACUUGAUUAUGAUAAAACUAUACAUUUGGGGCUCCCUACUGUGCCCCCAGGAUUUAAAUCAGGAGACAGGAAAGUCUGGAUGCGUCUUUACCAGAAUGUCGCUGGGCUUUAUUUGCAUCCAGUUGGAUUGGAGCUACAAAUUGAUGUUAGCAGCUUGAAUGUUUCUGAGUGGAAAGUGCUGAAUGUGUUCUAUAAUGGACAGUACUUUGAGAACAUGGAAGACCUUGAAAGACAAUUCAACAAGGGGAGAGUCAAGGUGGCCAAAAUAAAGAAGUCUCCUCAAGAUGGGGGGUAUUCAUCAUUGAAACCAAGAGUCCCACCCAAGCAGCCAGGCCCUUUGCAAUAUGAACCUCGUGGUCCACGCUACUGCAUCCGGAACAACCAGGUCACCUUCAUGUCAUGGAGUUUUGCCUUUGGAAUGGAAGCCAACAGAGGACCACGUAUCUUUGACGUUAGGUUUAAGGGUGAGAGGAUAGUCUAUGAAUUAAGUGUACAAGAUGCAUCUGCCCUCUACGGGUCCAAUAGUCCAGGGCUAAUGAUUUCCAGGUUCAUGGACCUAAGCUAUGCCCUUGGGAAAUAUGCUGUCACCCUCACCCGGGGCAUUGAUUGUCCUUAUUUAGCAACCUAUUUGGAUGGGCACUAUUUACGUGAUUCCUCACGACCCGUCACCCACAAAAACUCUAUCUGUAUCUUUGAACAAAAUGCUGAGAUUCCAAUACGACGCCAUUACGACCACUUAGCCUCCGCGUUUUAUGGAGCAUCUGCUGAUUCAGUUCUAGUCUUCAGGUCCAUCUCUGUAAUGAGUAAUUAUGACUACAUCUGGGAUUUUGUGUUUCACCAAAAUGGAGUUGUUGGCAUCAGGGUGCAAGCCAGCGGGUACAUUCAGACUUCUUCCUUCUUUGGGGAUGCUGCAGAUUUUGGGAACAGAGUUGAAGCGAUGGCACUGGGAGCAAUCCAUACUCAUAAUGUUAAUUACAAACUGGAUAUGGAUAUUGGUGGUGUGAAAAAUUCUCUGGUGACCAAUGACAUGACCUAUACUAAAGUGAACGUCCCCUGGGAUGAAAAGCAAGAGAUCCACCAGAUGAGGCUAAAAAGAAAACGCUUGGACACGGAGAACGAGGCCGCCUUCCGCCUUCAUGAUGACUUCCCCAGGCAUAUCUAUUUUGCAGCCAACAGCACCAAUAGGUGGGGACAUGACCGUGGCUAUCGGAUUCAGAUCUACAGCUUUUCUGGGGACCACCUGCCAGAGUCAGAUCCUAUGGAGCGGGCCAUCAGUUGGGGCCGGUACAAGCUGGCUGUCACGAAGCGGAAAGAGGAAGAACCAUUCAGUACCAGUGUCUACAACCAGAAUGACCCCUGGACACCUUCUGUUGCCUUUGAGGACUUCAUAAACAAUGAGACCAUUACCAAUGAGGACCUGGUCGCCUGGAUCAACGUUGGCUUCCUGCAUAUUCCACAUGCAGAGGACAUCCCCAACACAGUGACUGUUGGGAAUGCAGUCGGGUUCAUGCUGAGGCCCUACAACUAUUUUGAUGAAGAUCCUUCUAUCUAUUCUCCUGAUGGUGUUUUCUUCACUAGCAAGCAGGAUCCCACCUCCUGUGUUGUCAACCAUAUAGCCUGCCUGGCAAAACUAGCUACCUGUUUGCCAAACUUUCCACCUUUCAGUUAUGAGGGUUUUCAAAAUCUGACAGAGCUGUGAACACUUCUGGACUUU